AGGCCACAAACUUGUGAAUCCGAGACGGCAAGACACAAUUAGUUUCUAUUCGAACAAUGGAAUCAUCAAAAGCUUCCGUCUCUGUUACGUUCUUGAUUGCUACCCUUCUUCUCUGUGGAACAGGGAGUUGCAGAUCAGAAGAGAAAAGCAUGAUGCUACCAGGAGGCAUUCAUGAUCUAAGAGGAAACCAGAACAGUGGAGAGAUCGAGAGUCUCACUCGAUUUGCUAUUCAAGAACAUAACAACAGAGAGAACAAGGUUCUUGAGUUCAAGAAGAUUGUUAAAGCAAGAGAACAGGUUGUUUCAGGGAUCAUGUACUACUUAACUCUAGAAGGAAACGAAGGUGGCCAGGCCAAGAACUUCGAAGCCAAAGUUUGGGUGAAGCCAUGGAAGAACUUCAAGAAGUUAGAGGAGUUUAAGGAAUCAUCCUUUUGAACAUUCACUUGAUCAAAGGGUAAUCUAAAUGUUUCUCUUAAAAUCUCUAUAAUAAAUAAGUCUGAGAUAGCUUGGUUUCAUACCAGUGUGUGUAAGACUAAACCUGAAGUUAAUGUUAUCAAGGAACCUCUUCUAGUUUCUUGUUA